AUGUCUGCCGGCACCAUUCGAAAUCGAACCAUGGGUCGCGGCCAGCUACCUUUUGAUGGUGCCCCGUCUGCUAUACCCCGAAAGGUCGACCAUUCUAGCACGCAGAGUAUACCGUCUGAUGUUGGAAGUUCUACGCUGAGUGCUAGUAGACAAAAACAAACAAAACGAGAUGAGGCCAUUAGGAAAAAGCUGGAGGCAGAUCUUAAUAAGAAAAGAUUCACUCCAGCCCGGGCUCGAUCCACCCGCAAAGCUCCCCCUGGUACCGUUCUCGCCCUGAAACCCAGCCAGGCGCUUCAGAUCAAACCCAGCACAACAGUAGCAGAAGCAGCCCAGAUGAUGGCUGCUAAAAGAGAAGAUUGCGUUCUUGUAACCGACGACGACGAACGAAUCGCCGGUAUAUUUACAGCCAAAGAUCUGGCUUUUCGUGUAGUGGGGGCCGGAAUAAGGGCGAGAGACAUUACCAUUGCAGAAAUCAUGACGAAGAACCCGCUAUGUGCCCGAACCGAUACUAGUGCUACUGACGCGUUAGAUUUAAUGGUCCGGAAGGGCUUUCGUCACCUCCCUGUUAUGGACGAGAAUCAGGAUAUCUCCGGUAUCCUCGAUAUCACCAAAUGUUUCUAUGAUGCCAUGGAAAAACUUGAACGCGCAUAUAGCUCCUCUCGUAAAUUAUAUGAUGCUUUGGAAGGCGUGCAGUCUGAGCUUGGAGCUUCCCAGCCGCAACAAAUUAUUCAGUAUGUUGAGGCAUUAAGACAAAAAAUGUCCGGGCCCACGCUGGAGUCUGUUUUAAAUGGCCUGCCACCGAUUACGGUAUCGGUGCGCACGUCGGUAAAGGACGCCGCUGCACUAAUGAGAGAGCAUCACACUACUGCCCUUUUAGUGCAAGAUCAGGGUUCAAUCACCGGCAUUUUCACCAGUAAAGAUGUUGUCUUGAGGGUUAUUGCCCCAGGGUUGGAUCCUGCCACCUGCAGUGUUGUGAGAGUGAUGACUCCUCAUCCCGAUUUUGCCCCAACCGAUAUGAGUAUACAAGCUGCCCUUCGAAAAAUGCAUGACGGGCACUACUUGAAUCUUCCUGUUAUGAAUGAAUCAGGAGAAAUUGUUGGUAUGGUUGAUGUUCUUAAAUUAACAUAUGCCACAUUAGAGCAGAUAAAUACGAUGCAAACGAAUGAAAAUGAAGGUCCUGCAUGGAACAAAUUCUGGCUUUCCAUGGACCAUGAGUCGGACUCGAUGGUCUCUGGAGGAGGUCAUAGUCAAACACCUCGUCGAUCUCUACUCAGUACUGACCUAAGAGACCGCGGAGAUAGCGUUCUUCCCAAUGAAUCUGCAUCACACCACGGAGAAGAUGUACACUCAGAGAUAUUGGAGACGCGGCCAGCCGCAAACGAGGACGCUCCAUUCCCGUUCAAAUUCAAAGCACCCAGUGGACGUGUUCAUCGACUUCAAGUCGUUCCAUCGACUGGCGUUGCAGGCCUUGUUGCUAACGUAUCAAGCAAACUAGGAGCUGAAGUUGAUGCUGUUGGUGGUGACGCCAUUGUGGAGGAAGGGCGAAUGAGUAACAGCGGAUAUGCCCUUAGCUAUUUGGAUAAUGAGGGCGACACGGUGUCUAUUACAACUGACCAAGACCUUCUAGAUGCUAUCAUACAGGCCAGAAAAGCGAGGCAGGAGAAGGUCGAUCUUUUUGUCCAUGAUCCGGAAAAACCGCCGCUACUUGUACAGGAACCACAGCCGGCUAUCGUCAAAGCAUCAACUCCAUCUGAGAUCGUGACAAGGUCGCCAGCAGCAACGGAAGAAGACCCCCAGAGCCCGGCGGAGCCAAUCCGUACCGAAAAAACCGUUGUCCAAACGUUAGCACAAACACCUGCAGACCAACAGUUAAUACAGGGUGUACCCAACGAGCUUAUCUUGCCAGGGGCUAUCGUAACCCUUGCUGCUGUCAUCUUGAGUGUGUUUGUUUUAAGUCGAGCUGGAAAGCGAUGA